CUCGAAGCCUCCACUCAGUUCUAUUACCAUGGCGUCGCAACUCGACCAGCUCAAGCACCUCACGACCGUCGUCGCCGACACGGGCGACUUUGCCUCGAUCGCCAAGUACCAGCCGCAGGACGCGACGACGAACCCGUCGCUCCUCUUCAAGGCCGCGCAGAUGCCCCAGUACGCGGACCUCGUCACGGACGCGAUCGCGUACGGCCAGUCGCUCUCGGGCGUCACGGACGAAGAGCGCCUCGGCCACAUCAUUGACCAGCUCAGCGUCAACUUUGGCAAGAAGAUCCUCGAGAUCGUGCCCGGCUACGUCUCGACCGAAGUCGACGCGCGCCUCAGCUUUGACACGGCCGCCACGAUCGACCGCGCCCACCGCAUCAUUGGUAUGUACGAAGCCGCGGGCAUCAGCAAGGACCGCAUUUUGAUCAAGAUUGCCAGCACGUGGGAAGGCAUUGAGGCCUGCAAGUUCCUUCAGCAGGAGGGCAUCAAGUGCAACAUGACGCUCCUCUUUGGCUUCCCCCAGGCCGUUGCGUGUGCCGAAGCCGACGCGACGCUCAUCUCGCCGUUCGUCGGCCGCAUCUUGGACUGGUACAAGGCCAAGACGGGCAAGGCGUACACGUCGGUCGAGGACCCGGGCGUCGUCUCGGUCACCAACAUUUACAACUACUACAAGAAGCACGGCUACAGCACGAUUGUGAUGGGCGCCAGCUUCCGCAACACGGGCGAAGUGCUCGAGCUUGCCGGCUGCGACCGCCUCACGAUCUCGCCCAACCUCCUCGAAGAGCUCGCCAACUCGACGGACGUCGUCACGAAGAAGCUCGACGCCGAGGCCGCGCAGGCCAACUACAACGGCGCCAAGGUGACCUUCACGGAGAAGGAGUUCCGCUUCGCUAUGAACGAAGAUGCGAUGGCCACCGAGAAGCUCUCGGAAGGUAUCCGCGGCUUCUGCGCCGACAUUGUCAAGCUCGAGGACAUCCUCAAGGCCAAGCUCCAGUAAUUCUUCUUCAUAGCCCCUAAUCCAUCUAGUUUUUUUGUA